AUGCUGCAUGAUCACACGGAUGGAUUUUGCCUGAACCUUCAGAGGCGGUUUUGGGCGGAAAUUUUUGACGACCACAGCGGUGGUGCUGAGAGCUCAGUUGUGAAACAGCUUUUAUUGCACAGACCUACUGUUGUUGACGAGCCACCAGGAGCACCGAGACAGCAUGUGGGAGGUGGCCAUACGUCCGUGGCACAGCAGUGCAGUGACAUGGAAAGUUCAAAGGAGGGGGCAACCAUCAAACAGGCACCAACGCUGACCGUGGAGCACCUCAGGCUAGUGCACUCAGCUGUCCAGUCGGAAUCAGACCCAUGGAAUGUUGCGUUCUGUGGCAUGGUGGUCGGACGCCAAACAUUCUCAGUUUUUGGAAUGGGACAUGGAUACAGAUGGCAACAUUUGCUUUGGCUCGUGCAGAUUUUGGAUAUCGAGGACUUGGGUUGUUUUACAUUGAUGCCAGCUCCAGAUGAGGGAGGGGUGGCAUCUGUCAGACCACUUUCUACUGCAGAGGUUAUCACGCAGACCAAGUCAGAAUGGCGCUUAGAUACAGCAGGGAUGCAGCAUCCAGGCCUCUUUGUGUUUUGGGGGAAUGCUUGGCUGCGAUCAGAGGAGGGCGUUUCCGUCCUGAUGAGACAAGGAUGGCUCAAAGGCAUUAUGGUCACAAAGCGGUUGAGGACAUUCAGUGACCUGGGGUUUGCAGUUGGAACUCCCCAAGCGCCAGCGGCACCAGCAGACUUUGAUGGGUUCCGCAUUCAGCUGAACGGUGGCACAGAUAUGACCAUGUCGGAGGUCAUCCUUGACACCAACGUCGAAGGAAGCAGGAAGCUACCAGCAGCAAAGAAGCAAGCCAGGCUUCAGCAACAGCAGGUGGCUGCUACGAAGGAGAAGUCUCAGGUGCUGCCCAUUGAACAACAGACUGUAAAAGUUACAGCGGCUGAAGCCGCGCUGAAAGCUGACAACAAUACGGAGCUACAGCUUCGAUGGUGUUUUCAGCGCCGGGGGGAUGCCUUAGAUCGAUGCCGAUUGGUUGAAUGGGGCCUGCAUCAAAGAUGGGUGCAGUAUUUGCUGGGUUUGCUGUCAAAACCUGCGCCAGACGGGUAUGCAAAGAGCAAGCUGGAUGUUUCUAUACCUGUGCCGGUUCACGCCACUGUGAAAUCAGCGCCUUCACCCUCUGGUGCUGCAGCCGCCAACAGUGGUGGCAAGAAUGGUGCGAAAGCACAAGGAAAAGUACGCAAAGAGGGGAAGCAGAGCCAGCGUGCCAAAGCACUCUGUCCCACGAGAUUAAAGACUUUAAGCAGGUUGAAGGAACAGUUUUUCAUCGAGUUGUUAUGUCGGCCUUGCCUAGAGGCAAGCGGUACAAACCACUGGUGUCUGAACAUGGGUCUUACUAUGCAGCGUGCAUGCGAGCACGAUCGAAUGCCCUACAGAAUGAUGGCACGGGGACUCAUCAGGGCCAUUCUUCACCAGCUGGUGGACGAUCGUAAUGAUGAAGAGCUGGUGAGAGGGGGCAUAAAUGCUGCAGUUGGGUCGGUGGAAAAGUACAGGGUUCAUGCCAUGGAUGAAUGUGCGGCCUUCCUUGCUUACAUGGUUGAUUACAUGCAGAGUGGCCACAGCGUUGAGGGCGUUUCUGGCCGCAUUUUUGACUUGAAACAUGCGUAUAAGCAGUACGGUAUCUCCUCCCAAGACAGAGAGGUCAUCAGGGACUCCCUGAACUCCAACACGUCCAAGACGGUGGAGACGCUGUUUGAUCUGCUGGGUGUUGAUUUCGCUAAAGAAGGCGACAAAGCUGGAAAGUCUGCAAAGAAGUUUAAAAGCCUGGGAGUGGAAAUAGAUCUUCAGUGUUUUGGUUCUGGAGUGAUCCCCAUGGGCCACACCCAAGAUAGGAAGGAGGAACUCAGUUCGGUCUUGAACGGGAUUCUCAAAGAGAAGGCCAUCAACACCAAACAGGCAGAAUCCUUGCGUGGACGACUUCACUGGUUCAAGUCAUUUGCUUUUGGAAGGGUUGCAAACAGCCCUGUUAAAGCGCUGGGUGACCCUGCUUUGAGUGGCAAAAGGCGGGUGGAGCUUUCUGCAAAAGAUGUUUCAGCCUUGCAGUUCCUAUGCGAAAGGGUCUUGAUUGCGCCACCACUUGCCAUAAGCCCUUCAUGUUUACAGUCGUGGGUCAUUUUCACAGAUGGGGCCUGCGAAGGACAAGAGGGCUUGAAGACAGGUGGCAUUGGCGGGGUGCUAAUCAACCCGAGUGGCAGUAUAGUUUCUUUCUUUGGAGGCGAAGUCUCUGCCGAACUUAUGGGCGUUUGGUUAUCCAAAUCCAAAACCCCCAUUUACGAGAUGGAGGUCCUUCCCGUGGUGGUGUCAGCAUGGUUAUGGGGACAGCAGAUGCAGUCCUCCCAGUUCUGCUGGUAUCUUGACAACGAGGCUGGAAGGUCAGCAUACAUCAAGGGCCACGGGGCCACGAUGGUAGCAGCUGAAUUGGUGAAUGACUUCACAAACGCAGAAAUGCAGCGGCUGUUGAAGUCAUGGUUUGCAAGGGUACCUUCUCUUUCCAAUUUGGCGGAUUCACCAAGCCGACUGAAAGACGAUUUUCUUCUUAGUCUGGGUGCGGUGAAAGGGCCAUGUGACUGGAUGGCAGUGGGGAAACUUCUUGGGCUGUGUGUCUCAGUGGGGGACAGAACGGCAGCAACCAAUUGCGAUUUCCCCCAGUGCACCAGUUGA